CACUCAUUCACUCUAUGAUGGUCGCCUAGUUGAGAGGAGUUUUUCUGUGCCCGGCUCCCGAUGUGUGCGUAAAACUUUCUAAUGAAAUCAAAAAAUAAUUUUUGACCAACCUAGAAUUCGUUCUACUUAGGGUCAAGAGGGAUUCAAGACAAUCACAUAACUUUCCCUGCAAAAGAAAACUUCAGAAUCAUGGAGCCCAAUUCUACUGCGGGAGGGGCUGAGGAAGAGCACCAUGGAAACUACUCACCAAAUCCAUCUGCCGAGGUGGCGCCUGGAAAGCACGCGGUGUCAGAGGCCUUGGAAGAGGUGCAGGAGGAGUUGAUAGAACAUCAACCUCUGGAGCAGGAAGACCUGAACUUUGAGAAAUGGAAGCCCAAGCCCAAACCUAAGAGGACGCUCCACGAGAAAGCAGGCGACGUGAAGACAUAUCUAUGGAACGCUGAGACCAGAGAGUUCAUGGGCCGCACUGGGCAUAGCUGGUUUCUGAUCAUCCUCUUCUACACUGCACUGUAUGCCUUCCUGGCGGCCAUGUUUGGUGCCUGUAUGUGGUGCCUCAUGCUGUCUAUCAGCCCCUACUAUCCAACCCACAACGACAGGGUGAUGCCACCAGGUAUGACGAUGUCCCCACAAUUGGAUGGGCACUAUGAGAUCGCCUUCAAUGCCUCCGACCGCAAGUCUUGGAAGAAGUACGCAAAGCUAAUGGAAGAACAGCUAAGACCGUACAAUGACGCCGUACAGGAGCAGAGGAACAUCCAGUGUCCGCAGGACGCGUACUUCUUGCAGGAUGACCAGGAGGAGAGCGCAGAGAGGAAGGCGUGCCAGUUCAAGAGGUCCUGGCUGGGCGAGUGCUCAGGGCUCCAGGACCCCCACUUUGGAUUCUCCCAGGGGAAACCCUGCAUCCUCCUCCGAAUGAACCGGAUACUGGGCUAUUUACCUGGCCAAGGCACUCCUGUAAACGUGACCUGUGGAGUCAAGAAAGGAGCGCCAGAAAGCUUGGGAGAACUUCAGUUCUUCCCAAAAAGCAUUUUCAACCUGAUGUACUACCCGUACUAUGGGAAGCUGAGACAUGUGAACUACACAGCGCCGGUGGUGGCCGUGCGUUUCAAUGGGCUGCAGUACGACACCCACAUCGUUGUAAAAUGCAAACUCAAUGGCAAGGGCAUCAUCAAUGAUUCGCCUACCGAUCGCUUCCUAGGCAGUGUGUCCUUCUCCUUCGAUGUGGGCGCAUAGUAGUAUUCCCCAUGCUGCAUGCUGUCCCCAUGACAACCAGAAGACAGGAGAAUAUAGGAAAAAAUCUCAUUAUGUUGAAUCCUUGUUUUGCAUAAAAUAGUUGACCAGCUUCUCUCUUCUCCCAUUCCCUCAUGUACUCUUGUGCCUUUUGCUGGAAAAAAACAAUAAUUUGGAAUGUUAAUGGAUCAUAAGCACACACACACCACACAGACACCUCACCGAUAGUCCUGAGCACAAGCUAAGUAGAGAAACUGAACAUUACCAUUGAAUACUACGCAAGAUUAAUACCACUAGCUAGGUUUAUGAAAUACAAGGCUCAUCUCACAGGUAGUUAGUCUCUGUAGCUAUGCAAUUUAUAAUUUAAGACAUUAUUAAUAUACAUAAAUACCUACUGUACAAUAAGGAUAUAAGAGGAACAUUUUAAGCACAUUUUGAUUUGAAAUCAAAUUGUGUACUAAUUUCUUUUGAGUUUGUACCUUUCAACAGCAUAUCUAUUGUGUUUUGUAGACUCCAAGGGCUACAAUAUGAAGAAUGGUAAAGGCUGGACACUUUUACUUACACAGUAAGAUAAACAGUAAAUGACUAGGUUACAUUUCAGGUUUUACACAG